AGAUGGCUAAGUACGAUCCGGCGCACACGCUGCCAACAGACGCCACAUGGGAUAUCAUUACAUCUCUUGAGCACCUUAAGUACAUCAGUCACUAUAGCCAGUUUUCAUAUACAACAUGAUGAGGCUGAUAUUCCUUUUUGCUGUUAUCACUUUUGCUGCUGCAGCACCUCAGCAGCCUGACAAAGUUAUAGCUAUUCUUAAACAGGAUUUUGAUCAACAGCCUGAUGGGUCUUACGUUUACAGCUACGAAACUGAGAAUGGUAUUAAGGCAGAAGAAACCGGAACUUUGAAGAAGGCUACUGGUCCGGACACCAGCGACGUAAUUAUAGCCCAAGGAGGUUUUAGCUAUACAGCUCCCGAUGGCACAGUUAUCAAUCUUAAUUACAUUGCUGAUGACGAGAACGGUUUCAAGCCUCAGGGUGACCAUUUGCCAACUCCACCCCCGAUUCCUCCGGCAAUUCAGAAAGCUCUCGACUAUUUGGCGACACUUCCACCACCACCACCUGGCAGAGCCUGAUCACUGAGACACACGAUGAUGAAAUUAGCAAAGCCACGCAUUAUAUUAAAAUACUUAUGAUACUCAUACUCGUAUUAUCAGUUUUUACUGUUAGUACUGAUUUGUAAACCUACUAUUUGAAUAAAUACUUAAGUAUGAUUGUAGAUAUAUUAAAUCGAGAGUUCAAUAUCAAAUAGCACGUUUACAAAAGAGUACUUAACACUUUUUAUAUUCAAAGCAACAAAAAUUUAAAAAAAAAACGAAAGAUGUAUGAACUGUGAUAAAAGAUAUCGUCAUGAAGAAAUGUGUUGAAAAUGAUUUAUUAAUUAAAUAAACGCAAAAUCAGUGCCAAAUGCAUUGU